GCCACGUGCACAACAGUGUUCCCAUAUCACAACCCUCUACGCUUUCCAAAGCCCAGAAUUUUAUUCUCUGUGAAAGUUGUAAUCUUUGAUUACAGAGAUUCAUAAAUGGCAGACAAGCCAAGCCGAGCUCUGGUUCUGUACGGAGAUGGGUUGGCGCGUUUCGUCAAUCCAUCACACACCCAUCUCCAUUCUCUGGCUUCCAAAGCUUCCUGUAGCUUCUUGAGCCUCCCCAAUGCUCCUCCCUCAGUCCUUUCCAGCAUUGGGAUUUACUUGGAUUUAGUUGCAGAAAGCGAGGAUGGGAGAAUAGUUAGAGAGUUUGCAGUACUGGUGGAUGCAUAUGAAGCCUACACUAAUACAAGUGGAAGUACCACCAAAGAAGAAGGUGGGGAGAAAGCCACCAUUUCCGAAAGAUUCAUGGGGAUGAAAGCUGCUAUAGUUACAAACAAUUCAAAUUUGAAGUCUUUUGGUACCAAACUUGGUUUCAGCGUGUUGCCAAAUGAUGGUUUUAUCAAAAGCAGUGAGGCCCAAGCUGACCUGCCAGUUGAUACUGUGGCAUCUGAAUUGCUGAAGUUGCUUGGAUUUCAAGAAGGAAAGACACUGGAGUCGAGCCGGUAUGAUUUAGUGUUUGUGCAUGUUGGGGCUGGUGAGGUGAAUGUUAAGAAUGACAAGGCUAUUGCAGAUGAUGUGGAAUAUCCCAAUGCUUUGAUUGGUGCUAUAAUUAAUAUAGGCAAACCUGGAACUGAAAUCAGUCUCCGUUUGCACUUGUCUGUUGUAAUGAGCUAUGGGGGUACCUCAGAGAAAGAUGAUCCCGACUUGUCGUUUUCAAUCAGUAAAGAUAAAUCCAAUCUUUCAAAGCUCAUUCCUCACCAAAGUUAUACCAUGAAAGGAGAGGUUCCGCAGAAGGAUGUCAGGCACCAUUCCCCAAUGUUACUGGCUCAGUGGCAAUAUGCUGUGACCAGGAAGGACAUGGCAGAGACAUUCUCUUUUAAAGAUUUCAAGGAGCAUGGUGGAAAUCUUGUAAUACCGGCAGAUAGAUUUCUGCACGAAGUAGCCUUCAAACUUUGGAAGGCCCCCAAAUAUGGAGCAUGAGAUAAAUUUUUGAAAGUCCAUGGUGUGCAGGUUUCUUCAAUAUAAGCACUGAAGAUAAACCUGGGGCAGAGUUGCUCAUUGCUGACCUAAUAUGCUGUGGAGAUGGCCACAAUUGUCAUUGCCUAUGCCUUCUGAGAUGGAAAAGAAGGCCGUUUAAAGCCCUUGAAAACGUAAUGAGGUGUCAUAUAAGGCUAUUGAAGAUUGGCUUUUAAGCAUCAGAAUUCCUCGCAGAAACUAAGUUGGCAACGGUUCCUUCGCUCCUCUUCCUCCCCAUGCUUUUCAUAUAGAACUUAACUUUCCCUUACUGUACCAGGCACUUUCCUGUAAUAAGAUUAUAACACGGUACAUGUUUGACAGUGCUAACAAUUUUGGUGGAAUGUGUUAUUUUGAUGUUUACUUUUUUUACUCCAGCAUUGAUGGAACAAUUUGAUUAAAUGUGGGUUGAAUGAGCAGUUUAUUUUGUA